CACACACACUCGCACAUCCACACGCUCUGUCACAGCUCUGUGCGAGCACAGCAGUGCGCUACAGCACGCUUCUGUGCGCAACGCAAUUCCACUCCUGUCUGGCAGUUUGGACAAAACUUGGUGCCUCCCGAGUAUGACUGAAUGACUUACGAGAGCAAGACGAUAUCAGAACAUUUAAACCAGGAGGGCAGCGUGUUUUAAGCGGACGAUUAAGGGAGAGAUCCCUGCGGAAACCUCUAUCAAACCAUCGGAGACCAAUAAGGCAAUGGAGCGCAAUAACGCACGCAAAUCCAUGACAGCUGAAGACCUCUAAUUUAGUAUUAUUCGAGGAAAAGCCGACAAAGCAUGACUGUAUGAGAACAUGAAAUAGCUAGAUCAUGUUAUGCAUUGUUUGCAUUAGCUGUGCGCAAUUGGCUCAACAGAACUGCAUUUGAAUAUGACUUUCUGAGCACUAAAAAGGCAAAAAGUCUUGUUUUCUUUUCUUUUCUCACUCUGUAUUAUCGGCGUUUGUUCCUUGAAGAAGAUCACUAGUUGAAUACAGGUCACUUCUUCAAGGCAGCGCGUUUUUGGAAAGAUGGACUUCUGGAUAUCUCACCAAGGGAUUGCAUUUAUUUUUUGCUUCGUUCUGAAAGUCGGCGCAACAGAAAUUGAGACAUGCGGAGGCCAGCUGGAUGCCAGUAAUGCUGGUUACAUCACCUCUCCAGGAUACCCUCUGGAAUACCCACCCCAUCAGAGCUGCCAGUGGGUGAUCAGCGCACCCGAACCCUCUCAGCGCAUCGUGCUAAACUUCAACCCCCACUUUGAGCUGGAACGACUGGAUUGCAGGUAUGACUUCAUAGAGAUCCGAGAUGGGAAUUCUGAGUCCGCGGACCUGCUGGGAAGGCACUGCAGUAACAUUGCUCCUCCUGCCAUAAUUUCCUCGGGUCCCAUCAUCCACAUCAAGUUUGUGUCUGAUUACGCACACCAGGGUGCCGGCUUCUCCCUGCGCUACGAGAUCUACAAGACUGGAGCCGAACACUGUUUCCGAAAUUUCAGCGCUCCAACCGGAGUGAUUGAGUCUCCUGGUUUCCCUGACAAGUACCCUCAUAAUUUGGAGUGCUCCUUCAUCAUCAUCUCUCCUCCUCAGACGGAGGUCACACUCACCUUCCUGACCUUUGACCUGGAAAAUGACCCUUUGCUGAUGGGGGAAGGAGAAUGCAAGUAUGACUGGCUGGACGUUUGGGAUGGCCUGCCACAAGUGGGACCUCUGAUCGGACGAUACUGUGGGAUGAAGAUCCCUCCAGAGAUCCAGUCUUCCACAGGCCUUCUGUCGCUUUCCUUCCACACUGACAUGGCUGUGGCCAAAGAUGGUUUCUCUGCCCGCUAUAACAUUACUCGCAAGGAAAUUAGUGACACAUUUCACUGUAGCAAUGCAUUUGGAAUGGAGUCUGGUAAGAUCUCUGAUGAUCAGAUUUCGGCGUCCAGCUCAUUUUAUGAUGGUCGCUGGCAGCCCCGUCAGGCACGUCUGAACAACGAGGACAACGCUUGGACACCUGCUGAGGACAGCAACAAGGAAUACAUACAGGUGGAUCUUCACUUCCUCAAGGUACUGACCGGGAUCGCUACCCAAGGAGCCAUUUCCAAGGAGACCCAUAAGUCCUACUACGUCACCACCUUCAAACUGGAAGUCAGCACUAAUGGAGAGGACUGGAUGAUCUAUCGGCACGGCAAAAACCAUAAGAUUUUCCAUGCCAAUACUGACCCAUCUGAGGUGGUUUUGAAUCGUAUUCCUCAGCCCGUUCUGGCCCGGUUUGUUCGUAUUCGACCACAGGUCUGGAAUAAUGGCAUUGCACUACGCUUUGAGCUUUAUGGCUGCCAAAUUACAGACGCUCCUUGUUCGGAGCUCCAGGGAAUGCUGUCCGGGCUCCUCCCUGAUUCCCAGAUCUCAGCCUCCUCGGUGAGGGACCUUCACUGGGCUCCUGGAGCAGCACGUCUGGUAGCCAGCCGAUCAGGUUGGUUUCCCGGCCCUGCCCAGCCUAUAGCUGGAGAAGAAUGGCUCCAAGUGGACCUCGGGACACCCAAGACAGUGCGAGGAGUGAUAACCCAAGGAGCACGGAGCGGGGAGGGAGGAACCAGCUCAGAGAACCGGGCUUUCGUUCGGAAGUACCGUCUAGCACACAGCCUGAAUGGGAAAGACUGGAACUUUGUAAUGGAUAGCAAGACUAGCAUGCCCAAGCUUUUUGAGGGGAACACACACUAUGACACCCCAGAGCUGAGGCGUUUUGAGGAACUGGCUGCACAGUUUAUCCGCAUCUAUCCAGAGCGCUGGUCUCCGGCAGGGAUCGGAAUGAGAAUGGAAGUCCUGGGCUGCAACCUGCCAGAAACCUCCACACCAGCUGUAGAGACAUCCAAACCAACUCAAGCCUCCACUGUAGAAACCAGCACAAUGCAGAAACCCAGUCCAGUUACCAGCGCUGCCCUGCCGUCUCACAAAGGACUUAUAAUUAGUUUGGGAAACUACCUGUACAUUGAGGCCAGUCCUGAGACGCAAGGCCAGAAAGCCCGGAUGUUCAGUCCCAGUGUGGAUCCCGACACUGGACCUCUCUGCCUGAUAUUCUCCUAUCAGCUGGAGGAUCAGGGAACCCUGAGGGUCCUGCUGCAGAACAAACACCAAGAGGAAACCCUGCUCUGGUCCCUCCGUGGAGACCAGGAGCCCAUCUGGAAAGAAGGACGGACCAUCAUACCUCGAUCUCCUAAUGAAUUUCAGGUGAUAAUCGAAGGAUUUUUUGAGGGUACCAAAGGCCACAUCUGGAUCGAUGACAUCCACAUGAGUGUGAACACACCACUGGAGGAGUGUACUCAGCCUUUUGCCGCGUUCCCUCCAGACAUGACCGUUAAAAAACCAGCGGUCGGAAAUGGGCGUCUCUUCAAUGGGAAGGACCACAUAAAUGCAGGUUUCCAGUUUCCAGAGUGGAGCACAGCCGAAACGCCAUCAGAGCCUCCGGUGACACGUGUGGUCGAUAAGGACAACACUUGGCUGUAUUCUCUGGACCCCAUUCUCCUGACCAUCAUCGUCAUGAGCUCUCUGGGCGUUCUUCUAGGUGCCGUGUGCGCUGGCCUCCUUCUUUACUGCACCUGCUCGUAUGGCGGCUUGACGUCACGCUCAUCCACCACUUUGGAGAACUACAACUUCGAGCUGUAUGAUGGGAUUAAGCACAAAGUAAAGCUUAACCAACAGCGCUGCUGCUCCGAGGCUUGAGGAGAACAGAUGGGGAGAUAUCAAGUAUCCUAAAAUGACCAUCAAAGUAACCCGAUUUGACUCUUUGAAGAAACGAGCCUCAUCUCUUAGUAUUCCUGGAAUGCAUGUCCAUCUCAGCUGGAGAGCUCCUAGACUUAACUUCUCCUGGAGCUUAUUUUCCAAGCAGUUGUGCUUAUUCAGCUCUAACGCUGCUGCCAAGGACUUCCUCGUCUUUCACUGGAUUACAUCAAAAGUGGAGAGUUUGGUGCCACAAGGAUUGAAACCCUUUCCAGGGCUCAGCCUCAAAAUAAAUGUCGAUACAUAUCAAUGUUCUCCUAUUCCAAAAAGAUGAGAGUAUAUCAGUUUAGAUUUCUAAGAGGUCUAGUUUUUAAAAUGGGAGAUCUGUGACUGGACUUUAGAGCCACAAACGUCUGCCCACCAUCAUUCCCAAAAGUACAUUUUGUGGCCUAGGAUGUGGUGCAUUGUUUUUAAAGGCUUUGAUGGGUUUAAUGUUGCUUUAUUGUUGCUUUAUUGUUUUUCCCUCGCAGAGAAGUUCAGUAGCCCAGGGUGAUUAUACGUCAUUAUUAUUGUGUGUUUACAACCCAUUGCUUUCAGCCAACCAUUUUGUUUCUCUUGUCAGUCUGACAGUUUGGAAAUGGAAAAGUAAGACAGAUCGAGGGUUCUUAGAUUUAGUUUUCAGCAAAGUGUGUUUUGUGGAUUGUGUUUUGAAAAAAAAAAGGCACAACACUUGUUUAAAACGACUGAGGAUUUUGUCAGUGCAACCUAUGGAUUGCUAUAACUGGGAGACAAGACUGACAAGCUAAUGUGUGAGCUUUGAGCUAUCAAACAGGCAUUAAAUAAUGUGAAAUAAGGGUUGAAAGGCUGACAGAUACUGAAGGAUGGGUUUGAAAUACAAUUUCUCUUAUUUUUACUCCGGGCAUUAAAUAAUUCUACAGUUA